AUGGACCUCACCAUCCCGGACGACAUCAAGACGUGCAUUCUUCUUGCACGCCUGAACCCCGGCAUGUACUCUACGCGCAAGGAUCUGGUCAAAAAUGAGAAGUUCCCUUCCUAUGAAGAUGCUGCGGCCCGUCUGCGUUCGGACGCUCACGACAACUCUAAAUCCGACCACAUGAUCAAGGUCGAAGAUGUACCAGUGGCCUUUGGUCUUGCAGCUCGCAUUCCAUCUCCCCCUUCCGAACCACCACCACAGGAAGCAUUCGCGAAGGGCUUCCGUUGGUGCUCCCCUCGCUCUGACAAGGAUUGUUUCCGCUGCGGACGUGAAGGUCAUCGGGCUCAGUUCUGCCUUGCGGACAUGCCGCAAGCAGUUCGUGACUGGAUCCUCAACUCCAUCUCACGUCGUGAACAGGCACCAGCCCCUGCGCCUUCGAGCUAUUCCCCAUCGCUCUCUGGGCCCAAGACAGCCCGGAAAAGUGAGCAAGGUCUCGCUGCCCAAGGCCCCCAUGUUUCCGACGAUGACAGUUCCUCCGACGAUGAACCACAAAUACCUUGGGAGAUCCUAGACAAGAAACAAAGGAAGACGUUCAAACGCCUUGGCUUCAUGCCUCCGGCAAGUGCUUCGACUGCAGCUGCUUUCGCCAGCACCAGUCGUUAUGUGAUCUGA